AUGGAAGUCAUCAAGUUGGCUCACGGUAUAUAUCAGCUCUCCCUCAAAUUCAAGGAAUCUUUAGACAAAGUCAAAGAGAAUAGAAAGGCAGUCGAGGAAUUUGAAAGGCAGAUCUUACGCCCUAUCCAAUAUCUUCGCGAAAAGUUUGAAUUACUCCAUGAUCGCGGAAGCCAAUACGAGGAGCUCCGUUCCGAACUUACGGUUUUGAGAAGUGAGCUUGAUUCACUCCUGCAGAAAUGCAAGGACAUGGAGCUGCAUCGGGGACUUACUUUCAAAGCGUGGUGGAACAGUGACAAAAUCAAGGGAGAGAUUGAUUCUAUUCAGAAGCGGCUUGAAUCUUGUCGUCAGAUCUAUUUGGUGCGAAUCGAAAUCUGUUUACAAGAAAUGCAACAUGGCGAUAAUUUUGUCAAAUUUGGUCUUGUAGGUGCAUGCCUCAUUUCGGACCGAGAUCAUAACGAAGGAAUCGUCGAAGAAGUUGGACAAUGUGACCGAUAUGCUCCGUCGCGUGAUACCGCAGCCAGGGACGUCGCUAAAACCACCAUCUAUCCAUAG